GCCGCUGUUGCUGGUGCAGGUACCUCUGGUCCUUGUUUCGGCGCUUCCUCUCGAAGCAGCAGAACACGGGGCAUGACCUUUUUCGUCUGAGUCCUGAAUAAUGUCUGCAAUAUCUCGCCUAUCGUCCACCCGUGUGCAUGAAUCAUCAACUGUCGUUGGCAGCAUGCGUGGUGCGAACGGCGGAUGGAUCAGCGAGGACCAACCAAUCGGCUUCGACCAACAGGACCCACGUGAUGCCGAUCGAGCUUAUAUAGACACUCGACACCAUGGCUUCGUGGGAUUUGGAGCCGGCACACUUGCCGACAUGACGCUAACGCCGCUGUUGCUGGUGCAGGUACCUCUGGCCCUUGUUUCGGCGCUUCGUCUCGAAGCAGCAGAACACGGGGCAUGGCCUUUUUCGUCUGAGUCCUGGAUAACGUCUGCAAUAUCUCGCCUAUCGUCCACCCGUGUGCAUGAAUCAUCAACUGUCGUUGGCAGCAUGCGUGGUGCGAACGGCGGAUGGAUCAGCGAGGACCAACCAAUCGGCUUCGACCAACAGGACCCACGUGAUGCCGAUCGAGCUUAUAUAGACACUCGACACCAUGGCUUCGUGGGAUUUGGAGCUGGCACACUUGCCGACAUGACGCUAACGCCGCUGUUGCUGGUGCAGGUACCUCUGGCCCUUGUUUCGGCGCUUCGUCUCGAAGCAGCAGAACACGGGGCAUGGCCUUUUUCGUCUGAGUCCUGGAUAACGUCUGCAAUAUCUCGCCUAUCGUCCACCCGUGUGCAUGAAUCAUCAACUGUCGUUGGCAGCAUGCGUGGUGCGAACGGCGGAUGGAUCAGCGAGGACCAACCAAUCGGCUUCGACCAACAGGACCCACGUGAUGCCGAUCGAGCUUAUAUAGACACUCGACACCAUGGCUUCGUGGGAUUUGGAGCUGGCACACUUGCCGACAUGACGCUAACGCCGCUGUUGCUGGUGCAGGUUAGUCAUUACUAUACAUCUGGAUCGCAGAAGCUAGUGUGUGCGUUGCCGGCUCCUCCCACGAUGCCAAGUGUUUGCACUAAAAAUCGCGGAUGCAGCAUGCACAGAUUGCGUCUGAAGAGAUUCCGUUUAUUUUCCAACAGAGUUAUCUACUUGAUUUUGUUGUUAAUUCUCGCGAGGGAUGUUGAACUAAAUCCCGGGCCUACUAACACACCGGAGAUGGAAUUGCUGCAAUGUUUGCAAAGUGGGCAGGAAACCUUAAUUUCAAAGUUAAACGGCAUCGAAGCCAGGUUCGAAAGGAAUGAGAACAUACUGAUGGACGUGAAAAAUAAUCUUCGCCAAACUCGGAAGCAGAUAAAGGACAUCAGUAUGACUGUUACCGAACAGGCAGCUAUAAUACGGCAUCCCAUGCAACAGGUGAAGGAUUUGCAGAAGAAAACAAACGACCUAGAGAACAGAAGUCGCCGGAAAAAUCUUGUUUUCUAUGGUGUUGACGAUAAACCCUCAGAAUCAUGGGAUGAAUCCGAAGCUACGGUAAAGAAGAUUUGCAAAACGAGCCUUGGAAUUGAACUCAGGUCUCUGGAAAGGGCGCACCGCUUAGGACGCUAUAACGAAAAUAGAAAAAGACCGAUUAUUGUUAAAUUUUCCUUGUAUAAAGAGCGUCAGGUGGUGCUUCUUAAUGCUAAAAAAUUUAAGAAUUCGCUGUACAGCGUAGGCGAAGAUUACUCAUCUGAAACAAGAAAUACAAGAAAGAAGUUAUGGGAAUACGCUAAGGCAAAAAGAGAAGAUAAGAACAAUAAAGUGAAACUGAAUUUUGACAAACUGAUCAUCAACGGCAGGGCUUUCAGGUGGGAUGAAGACAAAGAGGAGGUCGUCCCAUUACGUAGGCAGUGACAGACUAGAAAAAAGCAGAAGUACCAAUGUCGAGAACUCGUUGCUGUCAUCGUGAACUGCCGAAGCAUAGUAAACAAAACAGCCGAGCUUUCUGGGUUGAUAGAAAGUGUUCACGCUGACAUAGUCCUUGGCACUGAAUCUUGGUUAAAGCCUUCAAUUGCUGAUAGUGAGGUGUUUCCAGAAAACUACGUCGUCUAUCGCAAAGAUAGGCCCACUGCAGGUGGGGGUGUCUUUUUGCUUGUUCUUCAUCAUUACGGUCUUCAGAAAUUGAUUACGAGUGCAAUGCACUGGAGUCUGUAUGGUGCAAAAUAGUCCUAUCUGAUAAUUUCACGUUCACUGUUGGAGUCGUUUAUCGCUCGCCCAGCUCAGAUAUUAGCACAGUGCAAGCAUUAUAUGAAAUUCUCACCGAGGCGUCAGCUCAGACGAUGCUUCUUGGGGGUGAUUUUAAUCUGCCUGGGUUAUAUUGGUGCAAUGAUACGUGUACAAGUUCUGGCGGGCGCAUGAACCUUGCGAUGAAAAAUAUCGUGGACACGUUUGGUCUGAGGCAGUACGUUACCGAUCCUACUCGCAAUGACGCUGUGUUAGACUUGCUGUUUUGUAACUCGCCAGAUUUCGUAAGAAAUGUGACUGUCAUUCCGGGAAUUAGCGAUCAUCUUGCUGUUGUUGCCGUUAUUCAAAAAGAAAAAAAACCGUGCGAAGUUAUCUACGAGUAAAAGGAUCUACUUUUAUGAGAAGGGUGACUACGAUGCAAUUUCCAAGAAACCUCGUAAUUGCUUUUCUGUUUUUGAGGGCUUAUCUGAAGAGCGUAGUGUGCAUGAUAUGUGGGACAACUUUAAAAAUAUGUUACUCGAGCUGGUAAAUGCACAUAUCCCCAAUGUUGAUUCUUCACGGCUUAAAAAGCACAAGCAGCCAUGGGUAACAAGACAUAUACUAAAGCUUAUCAAGAAAAGGUAGAGGGCGUUUAGCGCAUUGAAGAAAAGCAAAUCAGCUGCUCAUUUUGAAAAACUACAUACGAUUACACGCGAAUAUAAGCUAAAGAUAGGAAAAGCUAGAGAUAACUACUUCACCCAGCUGAGCAACAAAAUGAAAUCAAACCCUAAAAUGUUUUGGAAGUACUUGAAACAGUGUGGUUCUGAUUCCUUCGGAAUACAGGAGCUAAAUUAUAAUGGUACGAUAAUUACGGAAGACAGGG